UUAAUGAUAAAACCCAUACAACUGUGUAAGAACUUAAAAAACAUGCAAAAAUACUUUGAUAUAGGAUUUAAUGCUACUGAUCCGGUUUUUCGUGGAAUUUAUUAUUCUAAAGAGAUUCAUCCAAAUGAUUUUGAUGAAGUACUUCGCCGAGCAAAAGAGAUAGGUUGCCAGGAAAUGAUGAUAACAGGAGGCUGUUUAAAAGAUUCUCAAGAAGCUCUUAAAUUGGCCUAUCAAUAUCCUGGUUUAACUUGUACUGUAGGAUGUCAUCCAACACGAGUAACAGAAUUUGAGCGGUAUCCAGAUGGACCAGACAAAUAUUUAAAAGAAAUACACAAACUAGCACUCUCUGGAAAGAAUUCAGGAAAAGUUGUAUCUUUUGGAGAAAUUGGACUUGAUUAUGAUCGACUUGAAUAUGCAUCUAAAGAGUUACAGACUACAUAUUUUAAGAAACAAUUAUCCAUUGCAUCAGACAUUAAUCUUCCUCUUUUCUUACAUAGUCGUGGAGCAGCUGAAGAUUUCAUAACAAUUCUUACACCAUUUUUAUCUCAAUUACCACAAAAAGGCUGUGUUCAUAGUUUUACAGGUACACUAGAAGAAAUGCAUCAAUAUAUUUCAUUAGGCUUAUCUAUCAGUGUAAAUGGCUGUAGUAUGAAAACACAAGAAAAUUUAAAAGUAGUAAAGGAAAUCCCAUUAGAAUAUUUAAUGCUUGAAACAGAUGCACCAUGGUGUAGCAUUUCUUCUGCUCAUGCUUCCUACUCAUAUAUUAAAGAUACGACUUGCAUAUUUCCCACUUGCAAAAAAGACAAAUUUGUCUUUGGAAAAAUGGUUAAAGGAAGAAAUGAACCAUGUACUAUAAUUCAAGUGGCAUCUGUUGUGUCACAGCUAAAAGGCUUAAGCAUAGAAAAAAUUUCAGAAGCAGCAUAUAUUAAUUCAAUGAGAAUGUUUGGAAACAAAUCCAUCUAAAACAUUUUAAAUAGGCCUUUUCUUGAAAAUAA